AUGAACAAAGAUAAGGUAUUGGGUAAAACUGCUACCAGAAGUUAUGUUUGGUCUUUGGAGGAGCGUAUUCGAGCAUUUGAAGGAGAGCACGGUUUGUUUGAUCAAUAUCCAAAAUCUGAGCAGCAUAGGUCUAAACGAGCUAGAUUAUCAAAUAGCCAAAAUCAGGAUAUUUCGAACGGAAAAGUACCAUUACCGAUAUCUAGGUCUCCAUCACCUUCACAACCGCCGCAGCGAUCGAGCCCGUCCAGGUCUUAUAGUGAUCUGUCAGUAUCUGUGAAUAAUGGUAAGCAUGAUAAUGAAGACGCUGACAAUAGUGAUAAUGAUGACGAAGGAACUAUCCAAAGUACAAUGGACACAUUGCUUGCUACUACUUUUUCCGGAGGAGCUGCAACGCAUGUCAGUGAUGACCUUGAUAGUCAGAUUCGACAAUAUUCAAGUCCAUCUUCUGGACAAAGUGCAAGGGAAAUAUUUAUUGAAAAGGAGAACAUGGCACUUGCUAAGCUUGGGAGAGAUUUUUUGAAACAGGUGCGUCGUAUCAACUCUAAAAAUAGGGUUACCGAUAUAACAGCUUAUGAUUACAAUAUACUUACUCGAUUGGCGAAACGAUAUUUUACAUGGAUGAAUAGUGCCCAUCCCGUACUACAUGAAUGUAUGUUUCAUCUUCAGCUAGAAAAAUGUCGCCACAGAAACAAAGAGGUUUCUGUAAUUGACCGUUUUCAGGUAAGCAUGGUCAUAGCAAUUUCUCUUGUUUCAAUCGGGCGGCCGCAUCUGUCUACUUCUGAGAUUGGGCGGAUCGCAAAUGACUUUUGGAAAUCAGCGACAAAACUUCGUGGUAGAUUAUUGUUUGGUUCUGGGAUCAAAAAACUUCAGAACAUUUUACUUUUGUUACAAUAUACUCUAUUGGUUCCCAAGGCUGGAAAUUUGUGGCAACUUUCGGGAUCUGCAAUGAGACUUGCAACUGAAAUGGGACUCUAUGCUGAGCCAAAUCCCUCGCAAGAAUAUGACCCUCUAACUUUGGAUCUCCGUCGACGUGUUUUUUGGACUUGCUAUUGCAUAGAUCGAAUUCUCGCUACAGUGAUGGGAAGACCUACAGGGAUUCCGGAUACUUGGAUAUCUGCUGAAUUUCCUGCUUUAGUAGAGGACAAGCUAGUAACUGUACAUGGAAUAGAAUCAGGUCCUAUAUGUCAUCUCAAAGUUGCUCAAAUUCAGCAAAUUCGUAUAUAUCGACUACAAUCCGAAAUCCAUAAACGCCUAUAUGCUCAUAAUCAGAAUAAGCUGCCUCAUGAAGAUAUGAAUAGUUGGAGUUGGCAGAUGUAUGACCAACUAAGACUUUGGCGUAGUAGCUUUUCUCUCCCUACUCCAUUAAUAACUAAAGAAUGGACUGAGUUACAAUUUCAUAUUGCUGUUGUUUUACUUUUCCGCCCAUCUCCCAAUCGUCCCAAGUUAUCAAACGAAGCAUUACAUGUUGCUUUUCACUCAGCUGGUGAGGUCAUGAAACUAGUUAAAGUUAUGCAUAGGGAAUGCUCGGCAGUUUUUUCAUGGCUCACAGUACAGAACCUCUUUAUGUGUGGAUUAACAUUUGUUAAUUCAUUGAAAGAACUUGCUGAAAGACGAAAUUCUCACCAAUUGUGUAUAUCAUUUGUUGAGAUUUUUCUUCAAAUUCAGUCUUGUACUGCUAUGCUUGAAACAUUGUCGGCUUUGGAAGCUGGGGCUAACGAACGAAUAAGAAAUGCUUUUGAAAUGAUCUCCUCCAAUGUUCUCCAAAAUAUUACUACUAUGGCUCCUUCUUUUCCACAUCAAUCUAAUCAAGAAGGAUGUAUCUGGAGCCAGAUUGCAAAAUUAAAUAAUAUUUCUAUACCAAGACCAACAAAUAUUGAAGGAACUUCAAUUCCUAUUCAAGAUUAUUCGAUUAUUCUUCAGCAAACUGAUAUGCAAGGCUGGGAAAGCUUGUCUAAUGGCUAUGGAGAUGAGCAUUUCUCUGAGCAUGACACUGAUGCGUCCACCAAUAACGGUAUGCUUGAUUUGCCAAUUGAUACGAAUGCAUAUACUGUUUCGAAGGGGCGCCGGUCUACGAAUCAUGCAGUUUCUUCAAAUCAAGUGGGUUGUUUGUCAAAUGAUAGUAAUAGGACUUUAGGGAAACCAAACCAAGAGAUUUCAAGUUCCCGUGAUCCUAUGCAACCUUUCACCGCGCAUGAAGAUCCUAGUAUGGAAAGAUUAGCAGCUAUUUCUAACGUCGCUGCUGAAGCAGAACCAAUUCGUGAUAUAGGUAUAUUACCUGAUUGGUCUGAUACUAAUUUGGGUGCCGAAUUAGAGCGCUGGUUUCUAUAUCCCUUACCUGAUGCGAGCGAGCAAUUCUCUAUAUGA